UACGUGAUGACGUAACGUGACGAAGACGUAGACACGUGGGGGAAGGAAGCUGUUUCGUACUCGGAAGGCCGAUUUUUUAGACAGAGACCAGACGGACUGCCCGGCGAUACGAGAGUACGGGAAUCAUCAUGGCCGUGAGAACAUCCUUCGAGAAGAACAACGAGAUCGGCUGCUUCGCCAAACUCACCAAUUCGUAUUGUCUCGUGGGCAUCGGAGGCUCGGAGAACUUCUACAGUGUUUUCGAAGGGGAGCUCUCAGAAGCCAUCCCUGUAGUCCAUGCAUCGAUAGCAGGAUGCCGUAUAAUUGGAAGAAUGUGUGUGGGGAACAGACAUGGGCUUCUGGUGCCCAACAACACGACUGACCAGGAGCUUCAGCACAUUCGGAACAGCCUUCCUGACUCAGUGAGAAUCCAGCGUGUGGAGGAGCGUCUGUCAGCCCUGGGCAAUGUCAUUGCCUGCAAUGAUUAUGUGGCUCUGGUGCAUCCAGACCUUGACAGGGAGACAGAGGAAAUUCUGGCAGACAAUUUAAAGGUGGAGGUGUUCCGGCAAACGGUGGCAGGGCAGGUCUUGGUAGGCAGUUACUGUACCUUCAGCAACCAGGGGGGGCUGGUGCAUCCCAAGACCUCGAUAGAAGACCAAGAUGAGCUGUCGUCACUGCUGCAGGUGCCACUGGUGGCAGGAACAGUAAACCGUGGUAGCGAGGUAAUAGCUGCAGGCUUGGUGGUCAAUGACUGGUGUGCUUUCUGUGGGCUGGACACCACCAGCACGGAGCUGUCAGUCAUCGAGAGUGUGUUCCGACUGAGCGAGGCCCAGCCUAGCGCCAUUGCCACAACCAUGCGGGAUUCGCUCAUUGACAGCCUCACAUAAGAAUUCCCUUUUGCUCCUGGAUGUGUGCUGGUUUGAGAUUUCCACACCAGUAACGGGGAAAUGGAGCCUAUGAAGAGGAUAUACAAUAUUUUACACAUUAUUUUCAAAUGGUUGAACAACUUCAGACAGUGUUUUGUUUAUGGUGUCUGUGGGACAAAACAAAGCACUAUGACAGUUUAACAUCAUGUGAUUCAAAUUCUUGGCUGCCAUUUUCAUGUAUAGAAAUGACUAAUUAACUUGGCACAUGCUUUUAGCCCAGCAUCCACAAGAAAUAGUUAUCUUUUGUGAAAAUGUAUGGAAGUGUCCUUAAAAGCUGUCUUCUGUCCAUUGCGGGUUCAGAGACAAGAUCAUGAACAUAACGCUGAUAAAACUGAUCUACAGUGAGAACUGAAAUCGGACAAAUUUUCUGUAAGCAAAUGUAGUUUGUUUUCCAGAUGUAUGUUCCCUUAAAUAAAUCCCUGCAUGGUGAAAA